GCUGCUGCAGGUGCUGCAGUUGGUCCUGACCCUCCUUGCACUCCUGGUUCUUCUGAACCUCCUUGUCCUGCUGGGAGUGGUCAUCCUCCUGGUCCUAUUCUUCCCACUAAAGGUCCUGUUGUUGCUCCGGCGGGACAAAAGGACGAAAGAGAUGAUGGUGUGGAUGGUCCUGAUCCUGAAUCUGAAGUAUUAUCUGCAGAAGGGAAUGGGAAUAGUCUUGGCAAUUUACACGAAACUACACAGCACGCCGGUCAAAGAGGAAAAGAACCCACAGAACCUCCUGUUGCUCCUCAUACAACAACUAAUCGUGAUGUCAGUCUUAGAGAGCAGGAUCCUAAUCACAGUGACUCGCAGAAUCCAGGUGAA